AUGGCUCAACUUGAUCUUGUUGCAAUCCCUUCCCAGGCUAACUACGCUACCUUUGAUGAGUUACGUCUUGGUCGUUCAACCCAACAGGUUGUUGGUCGUCUCCUCCGUUUUUGGGAUGCUCGCAACGUCAAGAAGAAUGGCGAAUUCAUGGGAAUCGUCUUCRUCCUCCUCGAUGAGAAGACAACAACUACUACAUUAUUUGUUUACUAUGCUAAUAUAUCUCCCCAAUGUGAGGACAUUCCAAUAACUUUGAAUCCACGGAAUUGA